AUGUGUUGUGAUCUAAGCGGUUUCGGCGAGUAAUACCCACACAAAACACGCUUUAUUAUUGAUUUAACGGGUAAAAUAAUGAAUUUAAACUAAAUAUUAACCGGGUAGUGUAUUACAUCGCAUUGUUAACUCAUAGAAAUUGCCAAAAUGUCCCUGGAACACGAAUAUUUGAAACAGGACCACCUUAAUGGGUUCGAUAAUUACAAGUACAACUGCAGGGACACAGGAGUACUCAGCAUCUAUGUUAUGCACCCCUUUUGGAACUGGGUGGUUCAGUAUUGCCCCAAAAACAUUGCACCCAACCUACUAACAUUCACGGGGUUCCUAUGUACGGUGGCAAUGUACUUAAUGUUCACCAUAAUGGACUAUGACUUUAUGGCGUCUGACCCAGACCACCCCGAGGUACCACAUUUACCUAGAUGGGUGUGGUUUUCUGCAGCUAUUUUAUUAUUUCUAGCUUAUACCUUGGACGGGAUAGAUGGUAAACAGGCGCGUCGUACCGGUACCAGUGGCCCCUUGGGCGAAUUAUUCGACCACGGGCUGGACUCUUACACGGCAGGCCUAAUACCCGCCACCAUGUACUCGAUAUUCGGUCGGGGGGCGCGCUAUAGCGUUCCGCCCCACCGGAUGUUUUUCACCAUGUGCAACGUCCUGGUCAACUUCUACCUCACCCACUUCGAAAAGUACAACACGGGCGUGAUGUUUUUACCCUGGGGCUACGAUUUCACCAUGUGCGGUAUGAUUUUGGUGUUCUUAAUCACGGGGUUUACAGGUUCUGAUCUGUGGCAGUACAGUUUACCCGGUGGCAUUACCAACGGGAUGGUGGUUGAGGGUACUUUGUACAUUUCGGCGCUGAUUACUAACUGGCCGAUUGUUUUGUAUAAUAUUUAUAAGUCUUACAAGGAGAGGACGGGGUACAUGAGGAGUUUCUCGGAGGCGGUCAGGCCUUUGGUCCCUCUGGUGCUUUGCUACGCCAUUUUCUACGGGUGGAUCCUGGAGAGCCCUUCGGAUAUCAUCGAGAGGGACCCCAGGGCCUUCUUUCUUCUUAUGGGAACAAUUUUCUCUAACAUAUCUUCUAGGCUCAUCGUAGCUCAAAUGAGCGGUACUAGGUGCGACUGGUGGAACUGGAUGUUCCUACCCACCAUAUUGGUGAUAGUAAUUAGUGGUAUCACUCAAUGGGCCACCUUAGAACUAUUUCUUUUGUACGCCUUAAAUGUUGGUGCUACGGCAGCGCAUUUACAUUAUGGCACUUGUGUGGUGCGGCAAAUGUGCAGGCAUUUUAAAAUAAAUUGCUUCACCAUUAAGAAAAGUUCGGAUUGACAUGAUGCCGACAACGUUUGAUCAGGUUUUAGGAUCAAGUGUUGUCCCUCGGAACCCUUUUUAUUUUUUCAUCCUGUUUUUGUUGUUCAUCAUUAUGUUUUUCUUGCCAAAGCCUGUUGGGUUUUAGUUAUCGAAACGAGUAACUAAAACCCAAUAUUUUGUACAUAUUUUUCUUUUGUAUAUUUUUUUAGUUAAGUACUAACCAGUUUUUUUUAUAUAUAAAUUUACUAACACUUUUUGUUUAGGUUGUGAUUGUACAUUAUGCAUGACAUUUUUUUUUUUGCUCAGUACAAAAAUUUGUACAGACAUCCAUCCAAGUUCCUAAUGAAAAAAAAGGUUCAUUCCAGUAAUUUUUUUGUUUAUUUUUUUUUUGGGGGUUCACAAGGGGGACUGCUAAAACUACUUCCGAAAAUACUCUGGUCACAUUCAGAUUUGAUUUAUAUGGUUCGGUUUUUACGGUUAUUUUUUGGUUCGGGUUAUAUUGUAACAGUAUAAAAUAAUGUCAAUAUAUAACUUAUUGUGAUAAGGAAAUAAAUUAUUUUAAAACCUUG